AUGAAAUUAUUAAGAUAUUUGCAUUUAAAUUUUGAACCGUAUUCAUGUGGAUGCGAACAUAGUUUGCAAAGUCGUGAUGAUUAUGUUAAUUUAAAAUUUGAAGAAUUUUUACGAAAUGAAAAAUCAUUGAGUAAUUUGGAAACUAUUAUUAUUGGUUAUAUUCCUGAAGAUGAUAAUACUGAGACUACUACAAAAUUAUCAUUUAAUACAUUGAUUAAAAAAUAUAUUACCUUGUCUACCAAAAUUAAAGAAUUUGAUAAUAAACUCAAUUGA